GAGAAACAAUUUUGAAUCAAUUUGGAUCGGGAGGGUAGUGGUUGGGGGUUCAUGACGUUGUAAAGGUACCUGAUCUGCCAUUUCAGUGACUAAAAUCAUUUCAGCAAGACUUAGUGUGCAACAGGCCCUGGAUUUGAUCUUCCAAGAUGAGGAAGUUGAUGAUGGGAAGACAACAUGGAAGGAAAUUCUGAUUAGAGCACCUCUGAUGAAGAGGGUAAGGGUUAGUUUCAUACCACUGCUUUGAAUGCAGAGACUAGUUUAUAAUAAGCAUUUUAUUAUUUCAUGCUUUGUGUUCUAAGUGGUAAAUGGUGAAUUGAUAUUGAUAAUUAUGAUUUCUUAUGAUAUAGUAGUGAGGACAGCAUUUAAUGGUUGCAGUGGUUAAAUGUAGUUUUAUUAUAAAUUACAAUUCCAUAAUGUUCAUGUCAUUUUCAAAUUCAGUAAGAUGUAUUUAAGUCAUUAUUGCUUUAAUGUUUUUAUGUCUGAUGUAAAACAGGACAUGAAACAGUGUAAUAGUAGAUGUUUUUCUCCAAAAAACGAGUGUUGUAAAACUUAAAAUAUAUGCUCUUGUUGCUCUCUGAAACAUUUAUUAAGGAUUAAUCAUACAUGUAUUAAUGUGAAAGAAGCUGUUUAGACAUUUUAAAUAGAUCUGUAGUUUCGAAUUUGAAUCAGACACUUACUAUGAGGGAAUUCUUGGUCUGGUCAGUUUUGAGCGAGACCAUACUGUGAAUGCAUAAAAUAUGAACAGUAUGUAAGGGUGAACAGUAGUAUAAGACCAGUAAAUAACACUGUUUGUGUCAUGACUCAUUUCUGAAAUAAUACAGCAAAUAAAGCAGACAAUCUAUGUGAUGAGACAAAUGUAUUUCAUUCAAGAAUCAGCAGAAUCCCGAGAUAUUUUUAUGACCGCAGACACUAUUAGACAUUUAUGGUCUGAACUGUACAUACAAUACUUGUCGUAUUUCAUCUAUCUUGUGAAUAACCACAGAGUUGAGGAUUGAAACUCCACCUCCUCCACUUCUCCUCUCCUCUGUCUCUUUAUAAGUCUCUCUUGUGUCCUCACUCCAAGUCUGCUCACAUCUCAGUUGGACAUAAGGGACACUUAGAAAACCACACUGACAACAUGCUGGGGAUCCUCUGCACUCUCAUUACUGCUCUGACCUAUGUGGAUGCAGUGAUAGUAUUGACCCAGACACCUGCUGUUCACACAGUUUCUACAGGACAAGAGGUUGUUCUCAACUGCAACAUUGAGAAAUACUAUGGAAAUACGGUUCGAUGGUAUAAACAGGUUCCUGGUGGGGCUCCUCAGUUUGUUGUUGGUUUUCACUAUUCAGACAGUUCACUUAACUUUGGAGCAGGAUUCUCUUCAAAUCGAUUCAACUCUAAAGCCUCAUCCAGCUUGGAUUACCAAUUGAUCAUUAAGCAGGCAGAGGAAGGAGACUCUGCUCAGUAUUUCUGUCAGACAUGGGACGACUCUGCUUCCACUGUGGUAUUUGGACAAGGAACCAAGCUGAUUGUAACAAGCUCCAGCCUCCGUCCUCCUGUCCUGACAGUCUUCCCUCCAUCCAGCACUGAGCUCCAGUCCAACAAAGCCACUCUGGUCUGUCUGUCCAGUCAGUCUGGGCCUUUUGCAGAUGUCACCUGGUCGGCUGCUGGGAGUCCAGUGAUUAGUGGGAUCUCCACCAGCACCGCUGUUCAGAAACCAGACCAGACUUUCCAAAUCAGCAGCUAUCUGGACAUCCAGACAUCAGACUGGAACAUGGAUAAGGUUUACACAUGUAAAGUGUCUGUGGGGUCCCAGACUGCAGAGAAAAACAUCAACAAGUCAGGCUGUUCCACUGAAGAAUAGACCGUCUGAGAUUUGCUUCUUUACUGUUUGUGCUCUUUGCUUAUUACAAUGCUUAGAUAUUAGAAAAUGUACAAGUAAUCAAUGUUGC